CACGCAUUUCGUUUCCUUUCUCCAUUCCCCUUUAUAGGCAGCAAACGGGUGUGGAAAGCAGAGAGCAUAGCCUGCGCUCAUAGUUACGAAUUGGCGACCUCUGGACUGAGCUGGAUUAGGCUGGCCCGUGCCAAUCUCCCAGGUAUCUCGACAUUCCUAGAGGUCCACCACACGCAAAUAAUCCAUCUGCUAGAACAAGACUAUCGUUAUCCCAAGCUCGGGGAUUACCGUCAUCGUUGUCGCCUUGUCGCUUCGCUUUUGACCGCGUUGACAACAACGGCGCUUUCUUCCGGUUGUCAACAACAAUGUGUGGCCUUUACCGACUCUCAUCAUGACUACAGAUAGUGCCCUGUCGUAUCAGCCAACAGAUUCCCUUAUUCUUCCAACAAAGCGCCGUUUCUUCCCAUUCAAAAUACCCAACUACCAUCAACAACUUCGCCAUUAUAUCAGCACCGCCGAUCGGGAUCGAAUAUACGUCGUCGUCGAUAGAGUGGUCUACGCAAUUCACAUUUCAUCGCGAAAGCGGGAGACCAUUGCUGUUAUCCCAUUCGAGCCGAAGUGCCUCGCUGCUGGAUAUGGCUGGAUCGGUAUCGGAGGAACCAAUAAUGGCGAGUGCGCUUUUGUGAAGCUUUCCGAUCGCAAUGUGCGUGCGUCUCGAGAGACACCGGGCAGCCAAUCGGUGGAUGUGGACAGCGCCUUGCCAAUUGAUCUCGAGCCUUCUCAGACGACCUCCCCACGAGCAUCAGCAGGAGCUGAACAGACAAACUCGGGGUCUGGUGUCAGCCAACUACCGGAGGUUCAAUUGCAUAAAUUUGGCGGCAGCAUUGUGAACUCUGUGAUCAUUCACCGUUUACCAGCCGAGGAGAAAGGGUUUUUAGACGAGGACGUUGCGGUGCUAAGCAACAAUGAUAAGUCCGUGACAGUCUAUUCAUUGACGCGCUCAAAGGUUCUGAAAAAGCUCAGCCACCCGGCAUGUAUGAAUUAUGCAAUCAUUUCACCGGAUUCAAGCAUCUUGGCUGCUGUUGGUGACGAAGCUAACGCAUAUUUUUAUGGCCUUUCUCGGGAUUUCUCCACCGUGGUUUCGACUGAGACCGGGGAGAAGCUGAGUGGCUGGACACUGGACCUUCUUCUCUGCAUUGAGAUGGAGAUUGGGCCGAGAAUUGAAGACCGUUGUUGUUUCACCAUUGCUUUCUCGCAGUCCAACAGACUUUGUGCCAUCGGCUCUCAAUCUGGCGUGAUCACUAUUUUCGACGUUAGAAGCAUUCAAGAACGUGCCCUAGGGCCAUCUGAGGAGAGUCCAAUUGUCUGUUAUUUCAAUUCCUCGCGGCCUUGCUGUAACGGUGGAGCUGUGCGCUGUAUGAGUUUUUCGCCUGAACCUUGGGACCUCCUUGUGUGGCUUGAAGAUAAAGGGCGUGCUGGAAUUGCAGACGUGCGCCAGGCCUUUGUCCGCAGACAGAUUAUUCAGCUAGAUAUGAAUGAUCCUGCCGUUGAGGAAGUCGAUACAGAGCCGAUUAUUGAUGAAUCUACGAGCUUAGGGUUUGACCUCGAUUUUCAACCUUCUCCCGAACCACGGCAUGACCUUGAUGCACGGGGUCUUCUUGACUCCAUUGAAGGGUACUCGGGCGAUCGGGCGAGUGACUUCAGUACCUCGCCAUUGCGAGAGAGAAUGAUACAUGAUUUAACUGAAAGGGAGAGGUUGGUAUUGGAAUUCCUGAAUACGGCGCGCUGGUCGUCAAGAUUCGAAGAUGGCCCGCCUGACCGGCUGGCCAGCGGCAGUGCUAAUUCGCAUUCACAUUCUGGCUCUCGCGCUAGACAUCAAGGUCCUACAAGCGGAGCUAAUCGAGCACCCCGUCCUACUUCCCCUCGACCUGUCAUACUCUCGCACAUCAAUCAUGACGCAAGAAACCAAGAUGCAAAUCUGGACGAUUCGACGCCCGAUCCGCAGCCAAGUAUCACACUGAGCUGGACCGCUUCGCCAGGAGAGCUAGAGUCCGCCGCAUUGGCUAAUCAGACCCAUACUACGGAUUCCAGCUCAAGUGACCAAGGUGGCUCAGGUAAUGAGGGAGGAAGUACCAGUCGGCAUCGUGGGACCCUAACCCGACCGUCGGCAAAUUUUAACUAUUCCAGUAUCCCGUUGUUGUCGGGGAGAAACCACCAACGGUCUCGCUCUGUCCAUAGACGCUCCGAGAGGCAAGAUAAUAGUAUGGAUAUUCCCCACAAUCUGAGAGCCAACAUCGUGGCCGUAGAGCGGCUUCGACGACAGCGGCAGCUCAUUAACGAAGCAGAGACGCUAAGCCGAAACAACCUACGUGAGCAGCGUUAUACUCAACAAUCCUCGUUCGGCUUUGACCAUAGCCGCUCCCCACGGUGGAUUCGAACCGUCAUCAACGAUCUUCCAGAGCGCAGUUACGGGAUUGGACGCCGAGACCAGGAUCCUAGUAGUUCUGCUGGACUUGGAUUUGGGGCUGAUGGGAGAUCGCUCUAUAUUGCAACUGUGACUGGCAUCUUCGAAUACCAGAUUAACAUAAUGGACCGGAAGACAUUCCCAGUGAUCACGUAUAGGUGA